AUGCCUUUCACGACUAUGAACAACUACAACUGGCUCUUUGACAUCAGUGACAUGUCAAGAGCCCCCAAUAACCUCCCGCAUGACUUCAACUAUGUGUCAAAUUCAGCCGUCACAGAGCCAGCUCCGAUACGACCUGAAAUUUACCAGAACAUUGGAUUGACGAAUGAGUAUGGCUAUAUGCCUCGUCAUGCGGCGGUCGAUCCUCACGAAAACUUCAACACUUCCGCCUUGCAACCAGAAGCAUCUACUACCGAACAAAGACACUCUCACACUCUCUUUAUCGCCACGCUCACCAAGGGCUGGCUCGAUUCAAACUCCGUCCGAGGAAGAGUCUGGGUCUGUACUGACAUCGCUAGAAACUUUCAACCCUCGAUCACAAAUUACGAUCUCCGAAUUUCCAGGCCAAAGUUCUACGUCAUCUUCUUCGUCUGUUGA